AUGAGGGUUAACGUCCUCCCGUGGGGUAUUUCUGAUCAUUCUCCCAUACUUGUCUAUCCCAGUAAUCAGCGAAGCCAACAAGUGGUCUCUUUUCGUUUCUUUAACCAUUGGGUUGAAGAAGCGUCCUUUAUGGAUGUUGUGUCCUCUACUUGGACCAAAGAUACUAGAGUUUCUCCAAUUAUGAAUAUUGUGAGGAACUUAAGAAAUCUCAAGUCGAUUCUUCGCAGACAUUUUGGUAGGCAUAUCCGAAUCAUCAGUGAGGAUGUUCGUCUUGCCAAUGAAACCAUGGACCGAGCUCAAAGAGAGAUGGAGAUGAACUCUCUGUCGAAGGAGGCGACUAAUCACGCGAGCUUAGCCAUGGUAAACUUUUGGAAAGCGAUUAGAGUGGAGGAAGCCGCUAUGCGCCAGAAGUUGCAAAUCAGUUGGUUGAAGCUAGAUAACCAGAAUACUGCCUUUUUUCAUCGAUCUGUUCGAUCAAGGCAGAGCAGCAAUGCUUUGAGAUCAGUUAUUGACCUAGAUGGAAAUCGGUUGACUAACCAUGAUCAGGUGACUCAGGUGGUAGUGAAUUAUUUCAAAGAUAGUCUGGGUUCUCAGAAUAUUAGCUACAGAGCUCUCUACUAG